CGUACUAAGUGGUAACCAAUUAUUGAGAAAGACGAAGCAAUUAGGAUGGAUUGGUAAAUUAAAAUUUAAGAAGGAGAUGUUGUCGUUUCCGGCGCGGAAUCGAACGAGGAGGAUAUUGAAACAAGAAAAGUGAUUGUAAACUAAAUACCGUGAUGUGUAGAGUGUGAAGGGCUAAGGGCAAAAUGAAGGGUGUCGACAAGCAAAUAGAAGAAGCAAUAACAUGGUGAUCUGCGGUCGAGGGUGUCAAAGCUCACAGCAGUGGGGAUGCAGAGACGCGUGACGUCAGUUUCAGUAAGCGCGCUUGUCGUACGUCGUUUCCGAGCGUCAGUCAUGCUUUUGUGUUUCACUCGUCAACAUCUCUUUUAGUUAUACAGACACGUGAGAUAAUUUAUAGUGAAUGUAGUGACGUUCUAAAUAUUUGAAUUGGGUGAAACGUGUAGUAAAAUUACAUCAUGCUUACUUCUGGAAAUCAGUAUUUACGACCAGAAUAUCUAACUCCUCUACCAACAACGCUGGAUGCCAAAAAGAGCCCGCUUGCGCUUUUAGCACAGACUUGUAGCCAAAUUGGUGCCGACUUACCUAACAGUAAACUUAUACAAAGUGCCGAAAAAGGAAACAAGUCUAGUAAAAGCGAUUCGAUAAAAUCAAAAUCGCCCAGUGCUAUUAAUUGUAACGAAUCACAUAAUAAAUCGAGUUUCAAACCGUACGACGCUAGUUUACCUCGUGACAAAACGCAGUCGCCAGAAGACCGAAGUUCGGCAAAUCGAGUAAGGACACCAGCAAAAUCGACAAUUACCAACAGCAGGUGUAGCAGUAAUCAAAGUGAGGCAUCUCCAGGUCCGUCACCGGCAGCUUCCGAUAGAAAAACUCCAAUUGUCGACCCCAAUGAAUUGGAACGGACGAGCCCUACAAAGUCCAGGGAUAGUAUUUCAAGUCCAACCCCGGCAUCAUCGAACGGAAAAACUGCAUCUACGCCUAGUAUUUUAACGUCAACCACCGACCCGAGUAUCAAAGAUUUGCCAUUAGGGACAUUUAAGCCGGGAGCUAUGCCGCCAACUUCUACAUUCCUUGGAGGGUAUCCAACUCCAGGUAUUCCGCUACCGAUGGAUUUGAUGGCAAGCAGUUUAUUAUCACAUCAUCAGUCUCUGAAAAGUGGAGCUUUUGGCCCGUAUUCGAGUUACGUUCGUAUGAAGGGAGCGUUGGGAUCUGAAAGCUUAGCUCCGGCUUGUCGAGAUCCUUAUUGCACGGGUUGCAGUUUAAGCUCGCAUUUGUUAGCUUCCAGUGGAGUUGGCGGAAAAUCGAAUUGUCCGGCGGGAUGUACGCAGUGCGAUCACGUCGCGUCAAAGACGGCCGGCUAUUUAGGACACAAUCCCUUGGCAGCUGCUUACGCUCACGCACAAUUAGCGGCGUUAGCUGCCGCCUCUCAACUUCCAUAUGUCUGUAAUUGGAUUGCGGGAGACGCCACUUAUUGCGGCAAACGGUUUUCGACCUCAGAAGAAUUAUUGCAGCAUUUACGGAGCCACACGGCGAUCGUAUCGGCAGCGGAAACAAAUCCAACUCUAUCGAUGUUAAAUACUACAAGUCUACCGCCCACACAUCCUUUACUACACAGAACAUAUCCCACUCCACCUCUAAGCCCACUAGCAACCGCCAGGUAUCACCCGUACAGUAAACCGUCUUUAUUACCGCCAUCCUUUACCUCAUCCACAUUAUCUAGUUUUCCUCUGGGUCAUCCAGGUCUUCCAGCAUAUCUAUCCCCCUACAGUCUUUACGGGCCGCGACUGAGUACAAGUUCAGGAAUGCAUCCUUAAUUUCGCAUAAUGUUUUUCGUAUUUGCAAGCCAAAUGUUUUAGCUGUGUUGACACGGACUUCGCUAGUCUAAUUUUAAGUGUAUAUCAAAUUGUUUUAAUUAAAGUUUACAAAGUUACUGUAAACGUGAUCGUGUGAUAUGACAUUACCUUUUUAUAGAUAUAUUUGGUGGUGAGUGAACAUAGUACUGAUUAAAUCAGCGCGAGCAAAUAAGAAAAAAACUGUGACGGAUAUGUAUUUAAUGUACAGAUCUCAACGUUGUUAAAUAUAUUUAUUUAAAAUAUUCAUAUUACCUACUUCAAAAUGACACGAGUAAAUAUUACGCCAUUGCACAUUUAUUUACUCGGUGGAGUGUCCAACUUGCUUAUUUGUGAUGUAUUUUAGUGUCAAUAUACUUAUAUUGCUUUUAAUUUUUGAAUGGUUAUUAUUUAAAUAAUCGUUUGUGUAAGUGGCAAUAAAAUAUCCUUCAUUGUUAAAUUUAAAUACAUUAUGAUGUUAUUACUAUUAGUUGCAUUUCUGUGGCAAAACCUUCUAGAGAGUAAUUUGCGUUUUUGUUCAUAUUUAUUGUUCACAGAAAUUGUUUUAUUUUGAACGCUAAUUGUUCUUUUCCUAUGCAAAAAAAAU